AUGGCACCACUUACCUCAACAUCCAGUUGUGAAAGCUGCGUCAACCUGAGCCAAAAAGUGAUCGAGCUGGAACAAAGGAUAUCCACGCUAUACCAAAUCCAGGGGGCUGAACGCGAUCUUGACACGAUCCUCCUUGGCAAAGCUCAAACCACCGCUACUAGCGCUGAGCUAGCCGACACAGUGCACCACCCAGCUGUUGUGUCCCAAAAUCCCGCCAACAGUCAACCCAGGCUCCAAACUUGUGUCGCUGGUGUUUCUGCCACGGACGAGAACUGCUGGUUUCAACUAGGGGCCAGACCCAAGGUUCUGGUCAGCUCCACUCCACUCCAACCAGCGCCAUGGACCAUGGUUGGGACGCGCGGUGGCUGCAGAGGGGCCAGGAGGAUCCGUCUCUCGCACCCUCACCCCUCCGGUGCGGUAGUGCUGGAGAAUAAAUUCAGUAUCCUGGAUCCUGUGGACUUUCCUCCUCUGGCCGCUAGCCCUCGCCACCCCGCUGUGUCGCUGAAGUCUGCACCAUCUCCACCACUACGUCCCCGGAGCCGUGGCGGGCAGCCCAGCGCUGUGGCGCAAACUCGCCGUGGAGAACUGUUCUUCACCCCGGCUCCUCGGAGAAGAGGACCCACGGCGCGGCUACCUGGGAGUCACUCACGCGGUCCGGCUGGUGCAUCCCCAUUUGAACACCCCCGGUGCCGUGGCGCAGGCGUCUCAGAUGGCCAGCAGUCCCCGGUGGCAUCUCCUCUCUCCACGCUGGUCCUCGGGGAUUCCAUCAUCAGGAACGUGCGGAUGAGGGGGGCGCUCACGCUGUCGUUCCCGGGAGCCACCGUUGUCGACAUAGUGGACAGAAUUCCCAACAUCCUGGCGUCCCACCCACAGGCCAACCGGCUCAUCAUCCACAUCGGCACCAAUGACAUUCCCAAACAGCAAUCUGAGCUGCUGAAGCUGGACUUCCUCCAACUCUUCAGCCUCCUGGGUCAGUUGCAGGUAUUUGGCGUACAGCACUCCCGCACACGGCCCUGUCAUUACCCCAAACCGACACUACCCGCUGAUCUGUCCGCCACUGACUGAUGUCCCCCUGGUCCCAGCUCCUACAUUUGUUCCACUUUUAACAGUAAUACACAAAACUCUGGACUCGGACCUCUCUCUCCCACAGUCAACACAAUACCCGUCAUAAUCACAAACAGAGAGCAACACAAUUAUCAUAAAUCCAGUAACUCCAAAAACAUUAAUAACCUCAGGCCUCUUCAAAAAUGUCAGCAUUCAUUGAACUCUACUGUCAAAAAUCCACCAGUCUCAAUUAGUAUGGCACUUUUAAAUGUCCGCUCUCUGUUGAAUAAGUCUUUUAUUAUUAAUGAUUUAAUUUUAGAUAAUAAACUUGAUUGUUUAUUUUUAACUGAAACAUGGCUGGGUUCGGAUGCACCAGUUGUUCUCACUGAGGCCUCCCCACCAAAUUUUAAUUUCUCUUUUUCUAUUAGAAGUGGUAAGAGAGGUGGUGGGACUGCAUCUUUAACCAACAACACACUCACCACCAAACAAAUUUUAUUUGAUCAUUUUACCACUUUUGAAUUCCACGCUAUUGUUUUUAGCAGCCCUCCAGUUUUAUCUGUUACAAUUUAUAGACCACCUAAAGACAGUGCUGCUUUUAUCAAGGAAUUCUCAGAAUUUUUAACAAACAUACAUUCAAAGUAUAAUAUGAUAAUUUUAACCGGUGAUUUUAACCUGCACAUAGAUAAUCCUUCUGACCCUACAUCAAAAGAAUUCUUAAACAUUCUUCACUGUAUGGAUUUUACCCAGCACGUCACGCAGCCGACUCACAACAGAGGACACACUCUGGACCUGGUCAUCACCCAUGGGCUGUCCACCAGUGUGUCCUCUGUUGUUGACUUGGCCGUCUCUGACCACUACUGUGUGUUUUUUAACAUCACCGGUUUUAUUCAGCGGGAGACCUCGGUGCGAACUGUGAGGAGGCGCUAUCUAACCUCUGAAGUGGCUGCAAAUUUUACCAGGGUUUUAGACGAAUGCCCCCCUGUGAUUCU